AUGCCGGAGCCUCGGAAGCAACCGCUGAAUCAGCGAAAUGGUUUCAGAAAGUUUAAGGAAGACCGAUUUCCUGCUGAAGACUCCAAGAAGGUGAGGAAAGUUCGUAUUAUCUGUUACGAUCCUGAUGCUACUGAUGAAUCAUCUUCGAGCGAAGAUGAAGGGAGGGGGAGAAGCUAUGUCAAAAAACCAAAACGAAUAGUUCAUGAAAUCAAUCUUCAUCCCAUUUUCACCCCUCCAGCUAAGGUCGUCGUAGAGCCCGAGAGUUCAUGUCAAGACAGCAACAAUGGAGUCAAAACCCCAAAACCCAAGGUGGGGUUUUUCGCAAGAACUUCAAGGAGACAGUCCUCUUCACCUUUCAGAGGUGUAAGGCAAAGGAAAUGGGGAAAAUGGGCCGCUGAGAUUCGUGACCCUUUCAAAGGGCGUCGUACCUGGUUGGGUACUUUCAACACCCCAGAAGAUGCUUCCAAGGCCUAUGAGGCCAAGAGGCUUGAGCUCGAACAACUGUGGGCCAGGGAAACAGCUGCUCCGGCCGCCAGCUCUGAGAAAAGCAACAACACCUCAUCGUCUGCCGUUGUGUCUCAUAUGUCCUACGCCAACAUCCAACAACCUGUUUCUUCCGAGGACUCUGACUCUGCCUUGUCUCGAAGGUCUCCUGCUUCGGUUCUUGAUUUGGAGACUUCGGCUUCCAAUAACAUUGGAAAUGUUGUUGAUUUGGAGAAGGAGGUCGUCGAUGAUUCUCCUGAUCUUGGAGAACUGCAAAUACCCGACUUGGGUUUUCUGGAUGAUCCUUUGGGCUCGCUUCCAUUUGAGAAUGAACUUAGCCUGGGACCGGAGCUUGACUCGCUUUGCUUGGAGGAGUUUGGUAAGUUCUUCAACGAGUUCAGUAGCAUUGAGGAUGUCCAGAUUGGUGGGAUUGAUGGCUAUGAGCCUACCAGUCUUCCUGACUUUUACUUCGAGGAUCUUGGCAAGGAUGAUAUCUCUUGUUGGUUGGAUGAACCCCUCAACAUAGCAUGCCAAUAA